AUGUCUCCCCGUGCAUAUGAUAUUAUCACCAACACUGUUAUUGAGAAAACACACAUGAAUGUGGACAAGAAGCAUGUGAAGAAUCGCAUUAAAACACUUCGAAACAAUUUCAACUCUGCGUAUGAUAUUUUUAAAGGUAGAACUAGUGGUUUCAGUUGGAAUCCGGUAACUUUUGUAAUGGAUGCUGAAGAUGAAGUUUGGGAGGAACUUAUACAGGACAACAAGAAGGCAGCAAAUUUUCAAGGCAAGCCCAUUCCUCACUUUGGGAUACUAGAAGAGAUAUAUGCCAAAGACAGAGCUACUGGGGAAAAGGGUGGUACUGCAAAAGAAAGAAAACGUAAGCUAGAAAGCUCUAAAAAAUCCUUUGAAGAUGAUCAAGUACUCAUAGACCUUGAGAGUAUUGCAGGGGUGGAUGCUGCCAUUGCCGAAAAUCUCAUUAAGUUAGAGUCAUCUAGUCAAGAAUCUGAUGAUACCACAAAAGGUACUAAAAGCUCUUCAAACUUAUCUUCUAAACCACAAGGUCAAGACAAUAUCAAGCUUGAAAUUACCAAAAAAAUCAACGAGACUAUGCCCACUAAUAAUAAGAAGUUGAGAAUCAUGGAUACACUUGCUCAAAAUUGUGAUGUCAUGAAGGAUGGACUAGACAAGCUAUCAUUGGCUAUCAAAGAAGGUAAUACAUCAAUAGAAAAAUUCAAACAACGUGUUUAUUCUGAAAGUGAGAUAUGGAACGAGUUGGAGGUAAUGGGUUUGGAUGAAGAUUAUUUAUUCGACGCUUAUAAAGUUCUUGCAAGAGAUGCAACAUUGACACGCUGUUUUUUUGGAAUGCCGGAUGACAAGCGUAUUACAUGGUUGAAAAGGAAGAUAUCAUCUUUGAUUUGA